AUGACACGACGGACAAUCCUUCGAUCAGGCACAAGUGCUCCUGACGCCGAAGCCGGGGCAUCGAGACCGAUUGAUCUCUUCAAAGGCUGGCCGAAUCCUACACUUCUUCCCCCGCAACAGCUUAACGAUGCCGCCGAUGAUAUACUUGCGGAUCCUCGCAAUUCAGACGUUAUGUUCUACGGUCCUGAUGCAGGGUAUGGCCCAUUGAGGGAAGAAAUAGCUAAGUGGUUGGACGAUUUCUACCAGCCUCGAGAACCGAUUUCAAGUGGCAGAAUAUGCAUUAGCGGAGGUGCCAGUCAGAAUCUGGCGUGCAUUUUGCAAACCUUUACUGAUCCAAUUUACACUCGCAAUGUCUGGAUGGUGGCGCCGACCUACUAUUUGGCGUGCAGAAUAUUCGCAGACUCCGGUUUUGACAACCGGAUGAAGGCAGUUCCUGAAGACGCCGAAGGAAUUGAUCUCGACUAUCUGGAACGCGGCCUACGCCAAAGUGAGAAGCGAGCUCUGGCAGAGAAUAACACCUCUCCAAAGCUCAAGUCUCCGAAGCCAUGGAGGAAGAUCUACAAGCACAUCAUCUAUGCUGUACCGACUUUUGCCAACCCUUCUGGCCGUAUUAUGAGCUUGAGUCACCGACGUAAAUUGGUACACCUGGCCAGGCAAUACGACGCCCUGAUAGUAACUGACGACGUCUAUGACAUGCUUCAAUGGCCCUCCGAUCCCAAGGUCGGGCCCCGCCGGAUGGACCGGGCGGUAAUGCCACGAAUAGUGGACAUUGACCGAGAACUGGACGGCGGACCCAAGGAUGAGUACGGAAAUGCAGUCAGCAAUGGCAGCUUCAGCAAGAUCGUGGCCCCAGGCUGUCGGACGGGAUGGGCUGAGGGGACCGAGGCGUUGGCCUAUGGUCUCUCACAGACGGGAUCAACUCGGUCAGGAGGUUCACCCUCGCACCUCGUUGCGUCGUUCAUCUACCAGAUGUUGACAAGCAGAACCUUACAGCACCAUAUAUUCGAAGAAUUGCAACCUGCAUACGCACGACGGUACCAUCGCAUGAUGCGCGCAAUCGAAGACGUGCUGCUGCCGCUUGGCUUGACGAUGCCUCAACCAAACAACGAGAUUGCUGGCGGAUACUUUGUCUGGCUGACCCUCCCAGGAUCCCUGAACGCCACGAAGAUAUAUGAACGGGCAUUGGAAGAGGAGAGCUUGACCAUAAUCUCGGGCCCAAAAUUCAAGGUGGAGGGUGACGAGGAGAACGCAGCAACACAGUUCGAGAAUGAGCUGCGACUUUGCUAUGCAUGGGACGACGUGGAUGUGUUGGAAGAGGGUGUAAAGCGGUUGGCACGUGUAAUAAAAAGGGAGAUGACCGAAUCAGCUAAAAAAUGCAAUGAGGCGUAG